AUGGGAAUCGGAGAAACCCAAUCGCCCUCCAGAAUCAAAGCCAGAAUCACAACUCGAAAAUCACAACUCCUGGAAGGCUUACCUACAAUCGGUCAACCAAACUUUGGACCAACUUGGAACCCUAGUAUAAGUGAAAACCUGCGUACUAACGAUGACAUAUUCACUAAUUUAUCUUGUAUUCCACCGGCACGCAAUUCGAAUAAUUUGAUAACUAUUCAUGUUUGUAAACCAGGACCACCAGAGAGUCGCUCUAUUCCUACGUGUAUUGUAAUUAAUGCGAGAUCCUUGGCUAAACCUGACGCUUGUUCGGCAUUGUACUUAGAAUUGAAUAGUCACAAUGUAGAUCUGGGUAUUGUGACAGAAACUUGGCUAAAAUCUACCAUUCCCAGUCAAGCGGUAUGCCCUGUCGGUUUCACUGUGAUACGGAAAGACAGACCAUAUGGUAGGCAGGGUGGUGGUGUAGCAGUCUUUUGUAGGCACGAUUGGAAACUCGAAAUUUUGGAAGAAUUUUCGAAUCCUUAUAAAUGUCAAUGGACUAAAAUAACAACCAAUAACUCGAUAUUUUACUUAUCAGCAAUAUAUCAUCCUCCAUCUCCCGAAUACCAUCCUGAUGACCUCCUUAAUUUCCUAAUGGACUCAUGUGAGAGAGUAUUAUCAUUAGCGCCCAACGCGAAACUAAUCAUAGCUGGUGACAUUAACCAAUUGGCGAUAAAGACAUUGCUAAAUUACCAUUCGUUAGUACAUAUUGUGAAUCUUCCGACUCGUGGCCAAAAUAUCCUUGAUGUGUUUGUAACCAAUGUUCCCAACUUCUGGAGUAAAGCUAAAACGAUAAAAAGCCUUGUACGAUCUGACCAUCUGGCUGUUUUACUUAAACCUGUGGUUAAGGCAAAAGCCAUAAGAAAAACAGUAAAGUUUCGCGACUUAAGAGAGCACAAUAAGUUAAAAAUGUUGCGGAAAAUGGAGGACUUUCAAUGGGACACAAUCUCCAGAGGUACUUCUUGUCCAAACGAAAUGAUCACCAACUUUUAUAACAAAAUCUGGCCAAUAUACGAAGAAUGUUUCCCAAUUAUUAAAACACGACUAUCUAGUAGAGAUCCUUCUUUUCUUUCUCCAAUAGUUAAACAUCUCUUAAAGCUGAGGAAAAUGCCAUUAACAAGAGAGAUAACGAGAGCAGUAAUGGUGAAGUACCAUUAAGCCACAUUAUUGAUCCAAAGGUAAUGAAUGAGCAUUUUCAAACUAUUAAUACAGAUCCUGACUAUGUUACCCCUCAACCUCUCCCUGUUCCCCGUGGCACAAGAGUACCUGAAUUAUCCGUCCAUACUGUUUGUAAACUACUAUUAAAUCAGAAACGAACCACCUCGGGUCCAGAUGAGUUACCACAUUGGUUUUGGAACACCUAUGCGUAUGACAUUGCGCCUGUAAUAACCAUCAUUUUUAACAACUCAAUUAAACUUGGCAUUGUUCCUGACAGUUGGAAAUUAGCAAAUCUUUUACCUGUCCCCAAAGAAUCUCCUCUGACAGAAUCAAACCAAUUACGACCCAUUUCGUUGACUAAUAUAAUUGUUCGCCUUUUUGAAAGAGCAAUCUUUACAACUGAAUUAGUCCAGGUGAUGGAAAACGCCAUCCAUAAAGAUCAGUUUGCGUAUAAAAGAGGUUAUAGCUCUACAAUGGCCCUAAUAAAAGCGCAACAUACCUGGAUGGAAUGGUUGGAUGGUAAUGCUAGUAUGGUACGCGUCUUCUCUUUUGAUUUCAGUGAGGCUUUUGACACUGUACCGCACGAGAUUUUAUGCAAUAAGCUGAAGAAGCUUCCUAUUAGUCCCUAUAUUCCAACUGGAUCAUCAAUUUCUUAA